CUGCCAUUGGUAGCCAAGCCUACCGCGCUACCACUGGUAGCACAAGUACAACGCGAGGCGCAACCACAGCGCAUGGCCAGGCCCAUCCUGCAGCUGCGACGACGACGAAGACUUGCGUCGGAGACUUGGAAUCAAGUCACGGCCGGCAAAGCGCAUGCCAAAAUAUGCUACGACGAUGAUGACGACGAUUCCGUCAGUCACGGCGCGCCUGAGGGCCCAUGUUGCCAGCCGACGCCGUCCACCCAUUCCUUACUUCCCCCUUGUUGGUUCCUCAGCCACUAGCGUCCACUUCUCCUCCUGCGUCUAGUACCCUAUCUUCACCUUUCCGGAGAUUACAGAGGAAGAGGAAGGACGCCGAAGCCGUUGCAUCAAGGCUAGGACCACCGUCGAACACCUGCUGUGCGCACCGCCCUGCGUUCCUUUGCUUCACCACCGUGUGUGCACAGAUCCCAGGGUGUGCACAGCAGCAUAGAUAAAUACAGUUGUAGCCUGAAAGAUAGAACUUAUAAUCUAUUGCUUAAAAGUUUAAAGAAAGUUGUUCAGAGAAGGAAUAUAAGAUGACGGAUACAGUACUCAGCAUUGCAAAGUCUCUGGUGGGAAGUGCUGUAAGCAAGGUUGCUUCGGUUGCCGCAGAAAAGAUGGUCUUGCUGCUGGGAGUGCAGAAGGAGAUAUGGUUCAUCAAGGACGAGCUACAAAGGAUACAAGCAUUUUUGAUGGCUGCUGAACCAUCAAAGAAAAGCAUACUAUUGAAGGUUUGGGUGCAGCAAGUAAGGGAUCUAUCCUAUGACAUUGAAGAUUGCCUUGAUGAAUUUACAGUUCAUGUGAGCAGCCAAACCUUGUCGAGGCAGUUGAUGAAGCUAAAGGAUCGCCAUCGGAUUGCCAUCCAGAUCCGCAAUCUCAGGACAAGAAUUGAAGAAGUAAGCACUAGGAACAUACGCUACAACUUAAUAGAGAAUGACCUCACCUGCACCACUACUGAUGAGAGGAAUUUAUUUAUGGAAGACAUUCGCAACCAAUCAGCUAACAACAUUGAGGAAGCUGAUCUUGUGGGUUUUUCUGGACCCAAAAGAGAGUUGCUUGAUCUUAUAGAUGUCCAUGCCAAUAUCGGACCUACAGAAGUCGUAUGUGUUGUCGGUAUGGGUGGUUUGGGUAAGACUACUAUUGCAAGGAAAAUUUAUGAAAGCAAAGAGGACAUUGCAAAGAAUUUUUCUUGCUGUGCUUGGAUUACUGUUUCACAGUCCUUUGUUAGGUUGGAACUACUAAAGGAUUUGAUGAUGAAACUUUUUGGAGAGGAAGUACUGAAGAAGCAGAUGAGAGAACUCGAAGGGAAGGUUCCACAAGUAGACGACCUCGCCAGCUACCUCAGGACAGAGUUAAAUGAAAGGAGGUACUUUGUUGUGCUUGAUGACGUGUGGAGUACAGAUUCAUAGAAAUGGAUUAAUAGCAUUGCCUUCCCUAGAAAUAACAAUAAAGGGAGCUGGGUGAUAGUAACAACACGAGAUGUUGGCUUAGCUAAGGAGUGUACUUCUGAAUUGCUUAUCUACCAGCUUAAACCCCUGGAAAUAAGCUAUGCGAAAGAGUUGCUUCUAAGGAAAGCAAAUAAAA